AUGUUUUGGUUUAUAACAAUUGGAUUGAUUUUAUUAAUCAAUACAUCUUUUGGAUGUACUCCUCCUUCAUUUUCAAGUUUAUCUGUUGAAUCAAAUUUCAAUGUUUAUAGAUUUCUUGGGUUUUGGUAUGAAAUAGAUUUUUAUCGGACCGGUUUUUCUCCAGCUAAUUUAUUGACAGAUUUUAUACAACUAUUUCAAUUAGAAAAUGAUGUUACUAAGCAUCUUCUUGUUUUCAGUAAAGGAAAACAAUCUGUCACAAAAAAUUGUAUUUCACUUACCACAAAGUCAUUUUAUGCAGAUAAUGGUGCAAAAAUGAGAGUUGAAAAAGACGAUGUUAAUAGUGCAACAAUUGUUAAUCAACCUUUAUAUGUAUUAAAAACUGAUUAUGAUCAUUAUGCAUUAGUUUAUAGAUGUCUAACACCAAAUUAUGAUUUAAAUCAACCAUGUCAACAGCGGGAAUUAGAAUUAUAUAGUCGAAAACCAAAUUUAGAAAGAAAAUAUUUAGUUCCACUUGAACGUUAUAUUAGAAAUGUCUUAUGCGUUAAUUCAAAUGAUAUUAUGAGAAUUACAUUUCGCAGGCCAUUCUGUUUUCCAAUAGAAGAUUUCGACAGCAAUUCCCAUGGUCGCUAA